GCCAGAACCAUUGACUGGCAUUCAUGUAAUUACAUUACUGAGGCAGCUACCUGCCAGGGCCUCCCUCUUCCUCUCAGUUUGGGACUACCCUCCCCAUUUGCUGCUAUAUUUAUCUGCCCUCUUGGCCAUAAAAGGCUGGCUGUGUGGCUCUGACAUUCUACUGCCUGACCACAAGCAUUAUUUUUGAACUGGCCCCCAGGGUCCUGUCUUUAGCAUUGCCUCUUAACUUUUUCUUGGAUUCAGCCUACGUGGGUUUUUCAUUCUCUCAUCCAGCUCCACAGUCACAUCGGAACAUUUCCACCACCAUCACUCCUUUGGAAACUGAUUGCCAGGUUCCCUGGGGGCACAUGAUGUCUCUGCCGUUUUAUCAGAAACUUCACCAGCACUAUGAUCGCAGCUACCGAAACAGGGACCUUCGCACCACCAUGAGCCAGUACCAGCAGGAGAAGAAAAGCUCAGCCAUCUACACCCACGGCUCCACCGCCUACAGCAGCCGCUCCUCUGCUGCCCACCGCCAGGAGUCAGAGGGCUUCACCCAAGCAUCUGCCGCAUCCUACCAGCAGCGGGCCUCCCAGGCCUCUGAGUUCGCCCUCUCAUCUGCAGUCAGUCGGAAGGCGGCCUCAGCCUACGACUAUGGCUACUCCCACAGACUUACAGAUUCCAGUCUGAGGCUAGAAGAUUAUUCAUCCAAGCUGAGCCCCCAAACAAAGAGAGCCAAGAAAAGCCUUCUUUCUGGAGAGGAGAAAGAAAAUCUGCCAAGUGACUAUAUGGUGCCCAUUUUCUCAGGACGCCAAGUGCAUGUCAGUGGAGUUACCGACACAGAAGAAGAAAGAAUUAAAGAAGCUGCUGCUUACAUAGCCCAGAGGAAUCUUCUUGCUAGUGAGGAAGGAAUCACUGCGGCCAAGCAGUCCGCAGUAUCCCAGCAAUCCGCGUCAGCGGUAUCCCAGCAAUCCAUGUCCGCGGUAUCCCAGCGGUCCACGUCUGCGGUAUCCAAGCAGUCCGCGGCAUCCAAGCAGUCCGCGGCAUCCAAGCAGUCCGCGGCAUCCAAGCAGUCCGCGGUAUCCAAGCAGUCCACGUCCACGCUGCACCAGGAGGAAGCUUUUGAGAAAAAGUCGAGGAAAGUUGCAAUUCGAGAAAAGGCAGAACACCUGUCUCUGAAAAAAACGUUAGAAGAAACUGAGGCAUAUCACAAAAAGUUGAAUGAAGAUAGUCUUCUCCAUGCUCCUGAAUUUGUCAUUAAACCUCGUUCCCACACUGUUUGGGAGAAAGAAAAUGUAAAAUUACACUGCUCUGUAGCCGGCUGGCCAGAACCUCGUCUUACAUGGUAUAAAAACCAGGUGCCAAUAAACGUCCAUGCAAACCCUGGAAAGUAUAUUAUCGAAAGCCGAUACGGAAUGCACACUCUGGAGAUAAACGCAUGUGAUUUUGAAGACACUGCUCAGUACCGGGCCUCGGCGAUGAAUGUUAAAGGAGAGGUUUCAGCAUAUGCUUCGGUUGUGGUAAAGAGAUAUAAGGGAGAGUUUGAUGAGAUGCGCUUGCAUGCAGGGACUUCCACCUUGCCCCUCAGCUUUGCCGUGACCCCUUACGGUUAUGCGUCCAAGUUUGAGAUCCACUUUGAUGACAAGUUUGAUGUGUCUUUCGGGAGAGAAGGCGAGACGAUGAGUCUAGGCUGCCGUGUAGUUAUCACUCCUGAAAUUAAACAUUUCCAGCCGGAGGUCCAGUGGUACCAAAAUGGGUCUCCUGUUUCUCCAUCAAAAUGGGUGCAAACACACUGGAGCGGAGAUCGGGCAACACUAACAUUUUCUCAUCUCAACAAAGAAGAUGAAGGUCUCUACACACUCCGUGUACGAAUGGGAGACUAUUACGAACAAUACAGCGCUUAUGUCUUUGUUCGAGAUGCUGAUGCGGAGAUUGAAGGAGCCCCGGCCUCUCCCUUGGAUGUGGUGCCCUUGGAGGCCAACAAAGAUUAUAUCAUCAUCUCUUGGAAACAGCCAGCAGUGGAUGGAGGGAGCCCUAUUCUGGGAUAUUUUAUUGAUAAGUGCGAGGUGGGCACAGACCGCUGGUCUCAGUGCAAUGACACACCUGUGAAGUUUGCUCGUUUCCCAGUCACUGGAUUGAUAGAAGGUCGUUCUUACAUAUUCCGGGUUCGAGCUGUGAACAAAACUGGAAUAGGUCUCCCCUCUCGAGUCUCUGAGCCCGUGGCCGCUCUGGAUCCAGCUGAGAAAGCUAGACUUAAAAGCCGCCCCUCAGCACCCUGGACUGGACAGAUCAUUGUCACCGAGGAGGAACCGAGAGAGGGUAUUGUUCCUGGGCCCCCCACAGACCUCUCUGUCAUUGAGGCCACACAGAGCUACGUGGUGCUGAGCUGGAAGCCCCCCCGCCAGCGUGGCCAUGAGGGCAUCCUGUACUUUGUGGAAAAGUGUGAUGCGGAAACAGAAAACUGGCAGCGGGUGAACACGGAGCUCCCUGUGAAGUCUCCCCGCUUUGCUCUGUUCGACUUGGCUGAGGGGAAAUCCUACCGUUUCCGAGUCCGCUGUUCCAAUUCAGCAGGAGUUGGUGAGCCAUCGGAGGCAACGGAAGUGACCGUGGUUGGGGACAAACUUGACAUCCCCAAGCCCCCAAGCAAUAUCAUCCCGAGCAGAAAUACAGACACUUCAGUGGUCGUUACAUGGGAGGAACCCAAAGAUGCUAAGGAGCUUGUGGGGUACUACAUAGAGGCAAGCAUCGUUGGCUCUGGGAAAUGGGAGCCCUGCAAUAACAACCCCGUGAAGGGCACAAGAUUUACUUGUCAUGGAUUGACUACCGGUCAGAGUUAUAUUUUCCGGGUCAGAGCAGUUAACGCAGCUGGACUUAGUGAAUAUUCACAGGAUUCAGAAGCAAUCCAAGUAAAAGCUGCUCUUGGGGGAGGAGUGUCUCCAGCUGUGUGGCCUGAACUGAGUGAUACACCUGGUGGACUAACAGACUCCAGGGGAGGCAUGCAUGACACCUCCCGGCCAACCUUUAAGAAAGAUGCUUUGCUUGGUAGCAAACUUAACAAACCUUCACUACCCAGUAGCUCUCACAACCUGGGCCAAACAGAAGUGAGUAAAGUAAGUGAAACAGUUCAGGAAGAGCUUUCCCCACCUCCACAGAAAGCAGUUCUUAAGGGGAAAAGUAAGUCUGACCCUCUGAAAAAGAAGAAGGAUCUAGCGGCACCGUCUCCACCCCAUGAUAUCACCUGUCUUGAAAGUUUUCGUGACUCAAUGGUUCUCGGAUGGAAGCAACCAGAUGAGACUGGAGGGGCUGAAAUUACAGGCUAUUAUGUGAACUAUCGUGAAGUAAUCGAUGGGGUACCAGGAAGAUGGAAAGAAGCCAACAUCAAAGCUGUCAGUGAUGAGGCAUAUAAGAUUAGCAAUUUGAAGGAGAACAUGGUGUAUCAGUUCCAAGUGGCGGCCAUGAACAUGGCCGGGUUGGGAGCACCCUCGGCAGUAAGUGCAAGCUUCAAGUGUGAAGAGUGGACCAUUGCUGUUCCAGGACCGCCGCACAGUCUCAAGUACAGUGAAGUCAGGAAAACCUCCCUGGUUCUGCAGUGGAAGCCUCCCAUCCACUCGGGACGGACUCCCGUCACUGGCUACUUUGUGGACAUGAAGGAGGCCAAUGCCAAAGAGGACCAGUGGCGAGGACUCAAUGAGGCGGCUCUUAAAAACACAUACCUGAAGGUGCAAGGCCUCCAAGAGGGUGUCAGCUACGUGUUCCGAGUUCGAGCCAUAAACCAGGCAGGUGUCGGGAAGCCGUCUGAGCUUGCUGGGCCUGUUGUGGCAGAAACCCGUCCAGGAACCAAAGAGGUUGUUGUAAGUGUGGAUGAUGAUGGAGUCAUUUCCUUGAACUUUGAAUGUGAUCAGAUGGCUCCAAAUUCUGAGUUCACCUGGUCCAAAGAUUAUGUCCCCACGGAGGACUCUCCACGAUUAGAGGUCGAAAGCAAAGGCAACAAGACGAAAAUGACCUUCAAAGACCUUGGGACGGAAGACUUGGGCAUCUACUCCUGUGAUGUAACAGACACUGAUGGAAUAGCGGCAAGCUACUUGAUAGAUGAGGAAGAAUUGAAACGUUUACUUGCUCUCAGCCAAGAACACAAGUUCCCAACUGUCCCAAUUAAAUCGGAGUUGGCAGUUGAAAUUUUGGAGAAAGGCCAGGUCCGGUUUUGGAUGCAGGCUGAGAAGCUGUCUGGCAAUGCCAAAGUCAACUACAUAUUUAAUGACAAGGAAAUUUUUGAAGGGCCGAAAUACAAGAUGCAUAUUGACCGAAACACUGGUAUAAUUGAAAUGUUUAUGGAAAAGCUACAGGAUGAGGAUGAGGGCACGUAUACGUUCCAGGUUCAAGAUGGAAGAGCAACUGGCCAUUCUACUCUUGUUCUCAUUGGAGACGUUUAUAAAAAGCUCCAGAAAGAAGCUGAAUUCCAACGUCAAGAAUGGAUCAGGAAACAAGGUCCACAUUUCGCUGAGUAUUUGAGCUGGGAAGUGACUGGUGAAUGUAAUGUACUAUUGAAAUGCAAGGUGGCAAAUAUUAAGAAGGAGACUCAUAUUGUGUGGUAUAAAGAUGACCGGGAGAUAUCGGUGGAUGAGAAGCAUGACUUUAAGGAUGGUAUAUGUACCCUCCUUAUAACAGAGUUUUCCAAGAAAGAUGCUGGGAUUUAUGAAGUUGUCCUGAAAGACGACAGAGGAAAAGAUAAGAGCAGGUUGAAGCUUGUGGAUGAAGCCUUUAAAGAACUGAUGGCCGAAGUGUGUAAAACAAUAGCUUUGUCUGCGACAGACCUGAAGAUCCAGAGCACAGCUGAGGGCAUCCGGCUGUACUCUUCCGUUACUUACUACGUGGAUGACCUGAAAGUUAACUGGUCCCACAACGGGACUGCCAUUAAGUACACUGACAGAGUUAAGAGUGGGGUCACCGGGGAGCAGAUCUGGCUGCAAAUCAACGAGCCCACUCCGAAUGACAAAGGGAAAUACGUGAUGGAGCUCUUUGAUGGCAAAACUGGACACCAGAAGAUGGUGGAUCUUUCUGGACAAGCAUACGAUGAAGCCUUUGCUGAAUUCCAGAGAUUAAAACAAGCUGCCAUCGCCGAGAAAAAUCGCGCCCGGGUGGUGGGCGGUCUCCCCGAUGUGGUCACCAUCCAGGAGGGCAAGGCGCUUAACCUCACCUGCAUCGUGUGGGGCGACCCAACUCCAGAGGUCUCCUGGCUGAAGAACGAGAAGCUCCUGGACUCCGACCAGCACUGCAACCUCAGGUUCGAGGCGGGCAAGACCGCCUACUUCACCAUCAGCGGGGUCAGGACAGCAGACUCCGGCAAGUACGGGCUGGUGGUGAAGAACAAGUACGGCUCGGAGACCAGCGACUUCACCGUCAGUGUGUUCAUCCCGGAGGAGGAGGCGAGGAUGGCCACCGAGGAGCCUCUGAAGGGCAACAAGAAGGCCAAGUGACCGGAGGGCGAGGGGGGCGAGGGGGGCGAGCUGAGCCGAGGGGCCUUAGGUUCCGUGUGGGCAGACGGUUCGGGCUGAGAGCACAGAAGUGUCCCUGCUUCCUUACUCCCUAUUUUUGUGCUGGCUUUGGGGGUGGGGGAGGGAUUGUCAAAUCUUUAUUCAUAUAAGAAAGCACCAACUAACGACAUUUUAAUCGUUUUUCUUUAUCUAUAAAUUGUGUUAAGAAAAUAACAUUGGUAGCACAAAUAAUAGGAAACAGUUUUAAGGCAAAGACCAGAAUUAAGUCACAGGGACGUUGAAUGAUGGUUGGAGGAAUGUGCUGUGGAGCCGUUUGGACUUGGCCAGCCUUUCAGCACUCAGUUGCCCUGGUUCUCAGUGCUAGGGCAGCAUCCCGUCAAGACGAGACAAGCUGUUAAGCUAACUGGUCUGUGUUGUGUGUUGUAACAUGAACAGUGUGCGUUGUAUGGGUGGGCCUGGUGAUUUGGAAGCUCUUGGUCCCAAUAAACAGUUCACACCCCCUCCUCUCCUCUGUCCAUGCAGCUC